GUUGUUCAUAUUGUUAUUAUAGUCGAUGCUACUUAUUGCUGUUUGCUCCUGUUGACUUGGUUGUGGUGGUGGUAGUGAAGGUAGUGUCAUCAUGGGUCAUAGCUGAUUUAUUACUGUUAAAUUGCUUACUUUUAGUUCGGAUGAAACCCCUGUGUUAUUACUCAUACUACUUGUGUUAUUACUCAUACUACUUGUGAGCUGAAUGCCUUUUCUCUGUCAUCAAACAUAAAAGCACACAUACAUACAUUCUUACACACGUACCAAAACAAUGACAUGCAGAUGUUCAAAUCUAUGUCGAUAGUUUUAAAAAAAUAAUUUAUUGAAAGAAUUCAUUUUUUUUUAUUUAUUAAUAUCUUAACUUUAAUUUUUAUUCAUUAAUAUUUACUUUUUUUUCUAAGUUGAAUUUGGAAAAUCUAUUCCAUUAUCACUUUUGGUGAGUUUUAUGGACAAUCCAGGAAAACUUCAUUGAAAUCUUGAAAUUUAUCGAAAUCUUGAAAUAAUUGUUCCUUUACAUUUUAAACUGUUAUCUUCCGUCUUUUUUCGAUCGUUCAUUCCGUUUUUCUUAGGCGAAAUAUAAAUCUUUUGGCCGUACAAUUUUUAGCGUUCUCAAUUUCCCCUGAAACACUCAAAAUUGCUUUGGAUUAUGAUGAAAAGUCACUAACAAUUCAGUUUGUUUUUUGAGGUUUUUUCAAUUGAUGUAUUUGAUAAGUGGAAGGUUAAACUUUCGUCCAGCUGAACUGAAGCCAGAGAAGAAGUGGUAUUUGUGAAUAACUUUAAUUAUACCUUCAAAAACAGGCUUCUCAUUUCUGGAAUUUCUUUUUUAGCAUUCAAGUGUAUUGGGAACUCAUUUGAUGAGCCACACUAUAAAUUUUUGAAACAUAUUCUCAGUGGAUUGAACAAGCUCCAGGUAAUUCAAGUAGAAAUAAAAAGAAGACAUAACUGAUCACGUGAUCACUCUCUUAUCAUAGACUGUCUCUUCCCCAUGAAACCUUACACAUAACAAAACUGACAGGACAAUAAGUGUUUGUAUUAAACAUUUUUUGUUCAAAUAAUCAAAAAAACAGAAAGGAAACAACAAUCUCCACAACAAUUUAUUAGCUGUCUUGUUAUGAGUGAAAGUAAAACAGAACCUGUGUGGUCAGUGGAACCACCAGAAUGGAUUAACUUUUUCAGUAAUGACAUGUUUCUGGAUUACAAGGAGUUUGUUUCCAAAAAAUUACCUUUAAAAUACCCCAGCUUGGGAUCUGGACAAUCAUAUGAUUAUGCUGAACCUUAUUCGUCAUUUAAAGGGAGCCGAGCCGAUUUUGGGAGAGGUUCUUACAGUGACUCAAGAAAGUUAUUCCUGCAAAAAAGUGGCCGAAUACUUUGGAUCAUUUCAUGUAUUCUCGUUUUCCUUGGCAUGAUCGCUGCGUUGGGUGUCGCAAUCACACUCAUGACAGCAGAUAAAUCAGGAACGAAGGGAUCCUUUAAUUCAGAUUUUGUCAACAAGAGUGGUAUUUCUUUGACAACACAGAUAAAGAGAGUAAAUGAGAAGAACCGGGCCUAAUACUAGACUGCUGUUUGAUUUAUCAACCUCAAAAGGAUGAAAAGCAACCUUGACUUCUGUGGGAUUAGAACUGAAAGUGCAAGGACUCGGAACGAACUCUAUCUGAUGCUCAACGACUCUGCGAACUCACAUUUUGUGUGGGCGCGCACCUGUGUGUGUAUGCAUGCGCGUGUAUGUGCGCGCGUAUAUAUGUGUGUGUGUAUGUGUAUGUACACACUUACAUGUAUAUACAUAAACAUACCAACAUAAAUUUUUGUUGACUCACCAAGACAUGAUAUAUUACAGAAGUCAAUAAGUAAGCUAAGUUGAUUUUUAUCACUUUCCCGAAAAGUCAAAAUAUAUUAAUUAGAGCCGUGAAUUUUUACAUAUUUUCAGAUGUUUUAGUUGUGAAACUACGUUUAAAUCCCCCUCCCCACCAAAAAACCCCAUUGAAAUACACCUUAGCUGUGGGAUCAGUUAUGACCCAGAAGAGAAACGGAUAUAUGUUUCAUUUCGUUUUUUAGCACUGUGAUCGAUGGGAAUUAGCACUGCUUUUUUCUUUCACCUCAUUUAAUGAACUACAAACUGGUGGAAAAUACGACUAAUUAACAGACGAUAGCAUAGCACAGUAGCUCUCAGUCGGUUUCUAGGUCUCCCACAAAUUUUUAAAACCAUAUCCAAAGCUUUAAAAAUAAU